AUGGAAGACAAUGUAGAACUUCAUGAAAAAAGUUCCCAUUCUUCCUAUCCCACACUUUCACCUUUUACUCAAUCAAGCCCCAUUAGCAUUCCAACUUUACGUACUUCACGUCCUGCUUCCCCACAUCUUCAUCAUAUGUCAAAAGUCCAUAAACGUGGUACUCCUUCACCUCCUAUAGAAUCCUCUACUCGGUAUAACAUUUCGCAAAAACAGCAAACGCCAGAAAUUAUAGUCCCAAAAGAUUAUUCUUCUCCACCUGAAAUAAAAAGACGUAACUCGUCAUUUUAUCAAGAAUUAUCCAUUCAUCUAAACCAGCCUGUAGGUAGUAUGUCCAUUUCACCAUCAAGUCGUGAUGUUGUACUGGCAGCUCGUAAAGGACUUUUUAUUAUUGAUCUCGAGAAUCCGUACGAAACUCCACGAGAACUUCAUCACUUAACCAAGUGGGAAGUAGCUGAUGUGCAGUGGAACCCCCAUCAAUGCCGUAGAACUUGGGUUGCUUCUACGUCUAAUCAAAAAGGUCUUAUAUGGAAUUUAGCACUUCCAUCGUCCAAUGCCGUUGAACAAAUUCUUCAUGGUCAUAGCCGCGCUAUAAGCGAUAUUAACUGGCACCCUUUGAAUCCUGAUGAAUUGGCCACGUGUUCGGUAGAUACUUAUGUACAUCUAUGGGACUUAAGAACACCGAAAAAACCAACAAUGUCAUUCUGUGCUUGGACUGCGGGUGCAACACAUGUCAAGUUCAAUAAAAAGAACGAGUAUCUAUUAGCUUCUGCUCAUGAUCGAGAUCUAUUAAUAUGGGAUACUAGAAAAGGAUCGCUUUCUAUAACUAGUAUUAGGGCACAUACAACUAAAAUCUAUGGAAUUGAUUGGAGUAGAAAGAGCGCCGACAAUAUAAUUACUUGUAGUCUGGAUAAAUCAGUGAAGUUCUGGAAUAUAAAGAAUGACGUCUGUCAAGGCGUUAUAUAUACAAAUUCACCAGUAUGGCGUGCAAGGCAUACACCAGUCGGUAAUGGUAUUCUAACGAUGUCUCAACGAUCAGAAACCAGUUUAUAUCUUUGGAAUCAGGAAAAUCCUCAAUCCCAUGUACAUGCCUUUGAAGGCCACAGCGAUGUAGUCAAAGAAUUUGUCUGGAGAAUUAAAAGCGAUGGUGACCCAAUUAUUGAUGAUAGAGAGCUUCAAUUAAUUACGUGGUCUAAAGAUAAGCACUUGCGUCUGUGGCCGAUAAAUGAUAAACUAUUAAAGCUUACAUCAACGGGACAUUCAACUUUCACCUUUCGGGACCCACCGCCAACUAAUAAUCAUUCAGCCUCACCUACUCUGUCAACUUCAGCAUCUCAUUCCUCUCUUCGCGUUAUUCCAGGAAAUCGCAUGAACACAAUUACCACUUUGCGUCCUUCUGGGGCUUCUACUGGAGGAGGAAAUAUUAAAAGUUAUAUGGGAGCCGCUGCUGGGAUGUAUAGAGCUGAGCGACAUUCCUUAUCACCGUUGUUGUGGAUGCAGAAUGUGAGAAUGGUUAAGCCUAGUGGAGAGAUCGGUAGUGCUGAAGAUAUUCCAACAAACAUGCAUGAGGAAUGGGCUACUGUUUCGAAAAAAUUUUCAAAUGUCGAAUUUGAAAAGCUUAAUGUGCAAGGAAGGAGCUGUACUAUAAGUUUACAUGGUCCUUGGUCUGAUAGUGGGGUUGCAUUUAUACGCAUCAAUAUAACGUUCCCUUCGCAAUAUCCUGACAAGGUUGCUCCAAUUUUUGAUAUUCAAAAAACUGGGAUGAUCUCUAUAAUGAAUCGAACUCAUAUGUCACAAAUUUUAAACCGCAUAGCCAGUUCGCAUGUAUCCCAGAAAAGACCAUGUCUCGAAGCUUGUAUUCGUUAUUUACUUGGAGAACAUCCUGAUGAUGGUCAAGAGCGAUAUGGGAGAGAUGAUUCGGAUGAUGAAAAUUAUAUAAAUUCUACUAGAAGAGCAUCUUAUGAUAAAAACUUGACUUACAUUCUUGGAGAUAAGGAUUAUGAUAAUAAUAUUCCUUUUCCAAAACUAUGUGGCGCAAAAUUUUGUGUUACUGGAAAGCUUGUAUGUUUCUUUUCAAGUCUACGAUCUCCUGACGCUAGUAAUCCUGUUACGCCUGUAAGAUCAAAUGGUAAUUCUGGAACCAAUCGUGGGAAGACAAGUUAUAUAUACACACAUCCUAGGUCAUAUGAUUCUUGGGAACAGUACAAAAUGAUUUCUCGGUUACCAAGACCUGUUACGCGUUAUGGAGCAGAUGGAGAUGAUUCGUCUUACGAAGUAGAUGAUGACCAAGAUGAUUUAUUACUGUAUUUCAAUCCAAAGAGCGGAUUACGAAACAAUGCUCCAGAUUCAUCCACGUUAGCGGGGCAUGUUAUUCAUACUUACGAUUUUUCAGAAUGGAUGCCAGUUAAUCGAAAACUGGCAAAUGAAUAUAUUCUUCAUGGGGAUGAUCCGGUUGAGAUUUGCAAAUACAACGCUCGAGUAGCAGCAGACAAUGAUCGACCAGAUUUGGAACAAGUCUGGUUACUUGCUUCUUUAAUAUUAAGUCAAACUGUUUCAAUUAAAAGAUUUAAGAAUUCCUUAUCUAGUGAUGAUAUUAUACCAAUUGAACGAAUUUCAGGACCUUAUCAGAAAUGUGCAAAUAAAAGAAAGGAGAGUAGGAAUGGAUAUGAUUCAUUUAUGGAUGAAGCGUUUCACGAAUUUUUCGGAAGAUUGGAUUGGGGAUUCCAUCCAUUUGGAAAGGGUCUUGCAAUAGACAUGCUUAAUCACUUUGUUUCAAUAGGUGAUAUACAAACAGCAGCAAUGUUGUCAUGUGUUUUUAGACAACCCUUUCCACCACAUCGCAAACUUGUCAAAACAAAGGAAAUUCAACCUUUAAUCUCACCAGAUUUAGAAACUAAUAAUAUAUCCAGUAGCACGGAUUAUUUCAAUUAUUAUGCACGUUAUCCAGAAAAACGAAAUCCAUAUCAACUUGGGUUUUCAUCAAUAUCUGGAGCGACAUUUGUCGAAUCAUUUAAUUCAUCAAAAAGUUCAUGGGGAAAUCAUUAUAAUCAAUCGGAAAUGUUUGGUCAUUUUGUUAAUGCGGGUACUCCUCCGACCCCAUCCGGCUAUAUAUAUGGACAUUCCGAAGGAGCUGGUGGGCCUAUUAUGGUACCUUCAGCUGGUCAUACAUCACACCAUCAAAGGAGGUCAACUUUUGGCGGUAUUUCGAAAGAAGCAAACUUUUUUUCUUCAAGUUUUAGUACUACAGCAUCACCACCAAAAACUCCAAAAAGAGAUAGUCCAGUCGCAGUUGGAUUCACAAGUCAUUUUGGAUGGGGAACUAUGGGAGUAAAUCAAGGAAAUGAAAGGCUUGUUGAAACUUCGAAAAAAUCCAGCGAUUUAACAUUUAUACCUUGUAAUUUCGAAGAAUUUGACGAUGAAAGAAGGCCAUUUCAAGUUAGUUUAUUAGAUGAUAAAAGAGCGACAAAUGCAAGAUAUGAUCAAAUCCGUCUUGCUUAUGCAGAGAUAUUAUAUCAUUGGGGAUUAUUUGAAGCAAGGACAGAGAUUUUAAAAUUUAUGAAAUUUGUAAAGACAACAAUUGGUAGCCCUCUUGGAGAACAACAAGAACCUUUGGAAAUCGGUAUACAUUGUUUCCAGUGUGGUAUUGAAUUAAAGGGUAACUAUAAGUGUGGAAAUUGUCUACGUAAGAGAGCUGGUAUAAAAUGUUCAGUCUGUCAUCAAACUAUUAGAGGAUUGUCAAAUUUUUGUAUAAUUUGUUCACAUGGUGGACAUACAAAGCAUCUUCGUGAGUGGUUUAAAGAAGGAAAUAAGGAAUGUCCGUCAGGUUGCGGAUGUCAAUGUAUGAUAAAGAAUGGUGGGUUUGGAUUCGAUGAAGAUAAAAUGUAA